UUUUUUCUCACCUGUCAAAUUGAACUAUGAUAGUUCAGUAACAGAUUCGCUGAGGAGAAACACCGAGGUGGGAAGGGAGAGAGGAUUCUAUAUUUGUAGUUAAUAAAAAUAGAUGAUUGUUGUUAUAUAGACGUAGUCCAAGAAAGAUCACCCUGCGCGUUUGCUACUGCGCAUAUAGGUGUGACUUUUCUAGAAUUAAACUGCACAUCGGUAUAAACAAGCGUUAUGUUGGUGUGGUGGCGAAUCUGAUGAUGGGAGUCCACAGAGUUUUGUGUAAUUGUUUUGACCGGAAGCAUAUAUGUCUGAAGGCGGUAGAGAAAGGUUGUUUCCAGGAUAUGCACUUAUGCUUAAUUUAUAACAUUUUUAUUGACUAACAGAAAACUUUAAGCGCGGUGUUUUUAUUGGAUUUUUUUUAAACUGAGGUGAUAUGGGAUCUAUAAAUAAGUAUCAAAUCGCAUUUGUUUUAAUAACCGGUAUUAACGGAGUCCCAGUAGCGUAAAUGCAUAUCCGGGUAAAGAUUACUCCAUCAUAAAGUAAAGGGAUGAUACUGCAGUGAUACCAGUGACAUGCUGUAUCGGGAACGGACACCAUCUGGCCAGUUCUUUGUCCAAGAUUGUUAAAAAUGCCUUAUCACCCAACAAAGUGUGGUGUGAAGUUUGAUCCUCCUGCAUUUGUCUUAAUUUAUGAAGAUCAAGAUAGCCAUAAGAUUCGCCAGCGAAUCAUGCCAAUUAGGAACUUUUCCAAGUUUUCAGAUUGCAGCAGUGCUGCAGAGCAGCUGAAAAACAAUCCUCGUCACAAGGAAUACUUGGAGGACAUUUCACUAAAGCAGUUGGAAAAGAUGUAUAUGCUUUUAAGAGGCCAUUUAAAAGGUCAGUCUGUAUCUGAGUGUCUGGCCAUUAUCAAAAAGGAGAGUGCCAUUGAUCCAGAGGAAGAUUUGAACAAGUUGGGGGAUCAGGAGUUGGCUAAGAAGAAAAGCAUUAUGGAUGAGUUAUUUGAAAAGAACCGUAAAAAGAAGGAUGACCCUGAUUUCAUUUAUGACUUAGAAGUGGAAUUUUCCCCAGAUAAACAGGUGGAAUCAAGUGGUUGGGAUGAUGAUGAAUCUGAAGGAGGAUUCUAACAGUAUAGCAGGGGAUUGCAAUGCUUCUGUGAAAGGGAAACUUUGAAAAGCAGUAGAGUUUUUACUUUUACUGCUGUAGGGAAGGUGUGCUCAUUACAGGACUCUAUAGGAAACAAUGCUUCUUUCUGAACUUGAAAAAACUAAGACAUUUAUCAUUUGACCAUGUAAAACGAUGCAUAUAAUUUCAGCUGAUAUGAAAGUUCCUCAUUUUAUCAGCACUAAAAAGCUGGUGUUGAAAGACAAACAUUGUACACUCUACCUUCUAAGGGAAAACAUAAUUUGACUGAAAUUUACAGGAAAAAUAUAUGACAAUUCAGAUAUGACUAGAACUGUUUUUUAAAUAUACUUUGAUUUUUGCAUUUACAGCACAUUGUGGUGCUGCAGGUAGUACUACGUGGCAGGAAUAGUUUUAAAAAUACUGAAAAAGCUAUGAGUUUGCACAUACAGUGACUUUGGACAUAAAACUACUGAUUUGUGUCAGCUGUAUUUGACAGUAUUGAUGUCUUCUAGCUUACAGAGUAUGUGCCGUAUGUGAGAUGAUUAUAUGAGACAGGAAAUAAAUGGAAAUUGUUAUGUGAAGUACUUGGAAAUGUAAGUUCAGACUUUUAUUUUAUUGUAAGCAGUGAUGUGAAAAGAGGUGUUGCUGUCUAAUAGGCCACAUUUGUUUAACUCUUGAUGUGUUUAUGCAACAGGAACCAUCCCUGUUUAUUUGGUAUAUGUACUGAAUUAAUAAUUGCUUAUUUGCACACAUUUUUCUUAAUGUAGUUUAUGAUAUUAAAUUAUGUUAUACAGGGAACAAAAGAAUUUAUACAUAAAAACGUGUACAUAUACAAGAGUUCAUUUUUGUGUUUUGAUAUAUUCUUCCUUAUCAUACCAUUAAGUCAAUUUUUGUUUUCUUUCAUGUUCAUGAGUAUACAGCAGUUGUGAUAUCUUAGGAUGACAAACCCUACAGCCCAUUAUAUAACUCUAUGCCUCCCUGUUGUUCUGGAGAAACAUUUCCUUGGGCAGUCAGAUGCCUGUGAUCCUCUGUUGAUUUUUGCUUUUCUUUUGCUCUCUUGUAUUAAAUAGCCAUUAUGGGAAUGUGAAA